AUUCCACGGCAAUUCGUCUUAGGGUGAACAUCCUUUCCGAAUUGGUACAGUGCCAGUGACAUUGAAGUGAAAGCCGGCUUACACAACCGUGAACCCAGUUUCUUGGACAAUAUAUGCCAUUUGAGAUACUAAACAAAUAAAAAUAUUAAAAAGUGAAUACAAAUACAGACGACCUUACCGACAGCGAUAACAUCUAUCGAUCGGCGUGCAAUCCUCGCUAGCUCCGUCGAGCCGAGCGUUAAAAACGAAAACGUUAAAACGCAGGAGUCACCGUCACCGCCGUCGAGAUGGCGUUCAUGAUGCCAGUUGUCAAAAACGAUUGGGAUAUUUACAAUUCGCAGCGUUCUCGCCGGCCCUCAGAGACAGUGGAAAAAGUCGGGCGCGUACGGAAAGUGUCCGAAUCCCGAUCAGAGGGUCCUUCUUUGGGUCCCGGACGGUUGGCCUUGAGUCCUCAUCGGAGCGCGCCGGCGAUGCGUUCGCUGUCAUACAGCCGGGCGCCUCCUUCGCGGGUCUCGUUGCGGGUCACAGACAGCCCCAAGAGCUCGGGUAGUCCGACGCAGCAGCAGUCGGAGAAGUUUCACAACAGGGCGCGGGCUGCCUCCCCGGGGCGGUCGCGAUGUGCCGGCUGCGUGCCCUACUUGUAGCAGGGAACAGCCGCGCCCGGCGCGGCGGCACACCAUCUGUGAUAUCUAUCCGAUAGUGAACGAGAUGAGUACUCGAGUGCAGACUAACCCUGUGGCCCGUUCAAUGCAUGCUAGUGACACCCCGGGCCAGUAUUAGGUUGUAUGUUUGUCAAGACUGCGUUUAGUUUAAGUCUGUGCCGCUGUAAUCUGUUUACACUGGGGCUGCCAAUGCUUAUUCUUUCAAAAAAUAUUUUUCGAAAAAUACAAUAACAUACCUAGAUUUUUUUAUGGAGUUCAAAAUAGGUUUUAUGUAUUUUUUGCACUUCAAAUUUCAAAUCUGAUAUAAAGCAUAAAUUACUUAAUAAUAUACAACAGUUGGUAACCCUAGCUCUACCCUAACAGUUGGGCUAAAGCGGCGUUUAGAAAUAGAAUUGGCGAAUGGUAUCUGUGAUUCGUUAUUUGUAAGAGAUGGUUUAUUUAUUAUGAGAAACAUUUUUAUUAAGUUAUCAAAUAUUUAGUUGCGAUCAGUACCUAUAAUUUGUUCUAAAUCAACAUAAAAUCCACAAAUAUUAUCAGGGUUUCACUUUCGUCUUUACGUCUGUUACAUUGCUGUGUUGAGAGUAAGCUAUGAGUUGAGAGUAAGUAGUGAGUUGAGAAUGUUGUUGACGGGGAGAGAGUUAGUUGAGUUAGACAAUGCUAGUAUAAAAUGUACUACAAUAUUAAGCGAUGAUCGGCUGUAACUUAAUAUCGUUACUUAUAAUAUAAUUCGUUAUUAAGUAUCCAUGUUUCUAAAUGUGUAAACGUUAACGCGGUUUUGACUGUGUAUAAGGACCAGCUUUAUUAAAUAUUAUGAGAUAGUAUUAUAUUAGUAUUAGAUCAGUGAAACUGAACCAAAAUUAACGAUUCUAGUGAUGCUUGAUGUUUAUGAAAUCUAGGCAUGUCUCGAUGAGAUUUGACCAAAUGUUAUAAUAAUUAUAUUCAAUAGUUUUUUUUUUAUUCGCCUCGAAGUUCCUUUUCUUAGAAUAUGAUAAGUAUUACGGUGGGUGUACUGGAUGUAUCUUUAUACUGUGGUAGCAUUUUUAAUGUUCGUAUUAUUAUAAACGUCUACACAUAACGAAACUGACUUAUUUCACAUACUGUAAUGUACUAUAUUGUCAUUUUGCAUGUACGUAUAUGUAACUUUGUAUACAAAUUUAGUGUCUGAUUUGAUUUUAAUAUAAACAUAUCUAUGAUGAUAAAUAAAUUGCAAGCUUAUUCUGAACUUUCACCUUUUUACUUUUCAUACCUUUUCCAUCAUCCGUUAUCCAUUCUUUGAUUUUUAAUCAUACACACAAAUAAAGAUCAGUAUCGUGAGUUUAAUUUUACCGUCUUGGAAUUUUAUGUUGAACAGCGAAAAUGAUGUCCCGACUGGCUCCCGGGUUCGAAUUCCAGUUGUUACCAAUUACAAAAUGUAAUCUAAUAUUUAUAGUGCAGCGGGUUUGGAUAGUUGUGGUACUUUCGUAAGGCUCAGACCGUAUUGUAAUUGAACGCAACUCAGAAAUUGC